AUGGAGGCCAAUGACAGCAGCCAUGCACAGGAAACCUUGGAGCUAGAGGAGGGGAGGGUGGCCGGCCCACGGUGGGCGCAGCUGGAGGAAGAGUCUGUACGAGACCACCGAGCGGACGUGGCGGCCCUUUGGUGUCGCCGCAUCGCCGGCUUGCUAGUCUGGGGAUUCGUCGCCUUCAUUUUCUCGCAGCUUUGGGAAGUGGCGUGGGAGCUGAAGGACCUGAAGUUGAUGGGGGUCUGCCUCCUCGUGACGGUUUCGCUGUUGUACGUCCUCGUCAAGCGGUACCAGAAUAUUCGCGAGACCGGCUUGUCUGGCGUGGAGCUGGUUCGGGCGUUGGCGGUGGACGACCCAGGAGGGGUACGGUUGAGGGGGGUAUCGAGAAAGGCGCGGGCCAUGUGCAUAGACUUCAAGUACGACCCGGAGGGAGUGUUCCGCGAGCGGUCCGCAGGUCGCGGCUUCGAGAUGUACCCGACGCAGCGACCCGGUGGUGGUGCGUCGUCGGGGUCGGGGUCGGGGUCCCCUUCCUCGUCGUCGCUGCGGGGCCCCUCGCGAACGAAGGGAGAAGGGAAGGAGGAGGAGGAGGAGGAGGAGGAGACGGCAGGGGCGGACGGGUCGAGAAAGGGGAGCCAAGGGAGGCGACGCGGCAGAUGGCCCUGGGACCGGGGGGGAAGUGGAAGUGACGACUCGUCAAUCGGUCAGGGGGGCGAUGGCGAUGGCGCGAACGACACCGAAGAGACUCUGAUAACUCGAAGAGAAGAGCAGCGACGACGGCAAGGCCAGAGCCCCCCAUCGGCGGCGAAGCCGUCAGGAGUCAGCGGCAGCGCCAACGAAGGCGUCAGCAGCAACAGCAACAACCCUGAUGCGGCGGAGCUGGGGCAGCCGCCGCCACCGCCGCUGCCGCCGCCGGCAUAUUUGGAGCGCGACGGGCGGCAGGUGAUCCGCGCGUCCGAGCUGAACGCGUCCUGCUCGGUGUGCCUGUUCGGGUACUUCGUGGACGAGGCGGUAACGCUCCUGCCGUGCGGGCACCUGUACCACACUGAGUGUAUCGAUAUCUGGAUGCGGGACCACGUGGACUGCCCCUACUGUCGCGCAGACAUGAACGUGUGGUGCAACAGCGGCGGCGAGUUCAGCGGGGCUGGCGUCUACAGGAACCAGGCCGCGGCCGCGGCCGCACCUCCAACGGUGCCUACCGCUGCCAGCCGUACCGCUGGCGGAGAUGGCGGUGGAGCCGUAGCUGGCGGCGCGGGAGAUGUGCCUCUGAGCACGGCCGCAUCGUCAUCAGAAGACCCCCCUUCGUGAGGAUAUACACAGGGGGAUCUUCUUGGGGAUAUACAGGGGGAUCCGAGUCGCGACGGCUGCCUGCGGUGCUCGAAACGGUUCAAACGCGGUUGAUUUUGUCGCGUCUCUAGGAGGUUGUUGCUGUUGUUGACCUUGGUGUUGUCAGGUGAAUCCGGGCCUACAGCAGUAGGUAGUGCUUACGGUGCUUGGUUUGUUUGUUUCAUGAUUGUGCCAUAUCCGAAGCGGCGGCAGCUACAUCCCCGGUGGGCACUCGAUCGUCGCACUCAGUGAGCCUCAGAGCUUAGCGCGACCUUUUUCUCUGAGCAAAUCUGCGUUUGCUUUCAUUUCUUCGUGAGUUGUGUUGUUGUUUCUGAAUGGGGAUGGCACGACCAAUGCAUCUUGCGUGCGUGUGUGUGUGGUGUGUGUGUCUUUG